UAACUAAACUCCAAAACUCCUUUUUUUUUUCUUUUUUCUUCAUGGUAUCUAUUUCGAUUCGACUGAAGGACCCAUACCUGGUCCUUCCAAUUGACGGUAGCCAGCCAAUGCCCUAUCCGCUAUCAAAUGUGUCCAACACGACCGGUUCUCCGUCCUUAUCACCUUCCUAUUUAACGCCACCACCCUCUGCUACGCCGUCUCAAUCAUCCUCCGCGACUGAAUCCCUAUACCCCUCAGCAGAUUCGCCAAACCACUGUGCUGGAGCCACGCUCCUCAAAGGAACAUUGAUCCUCACCCUCUCGAGGCCGAUCCGAGUCGCGUCCUUGGUCCUAACGCUCAGUGGGUCGUCUCAUCUCGCUCUUUCUACUGUACCAGGAUCCGAUCGGUCAAUACAUUACUCGCAACAGCACUUUCGCGCUAAGCAGUUCUUGAUCAAACCGUCGCCUCAGCCUGAGCACUUUACUACCAUUGUUGCUCCCUCCGUAUCCAGUGUACCUAUUCUUGUGAACUCGGCCUCUCUCAACGCCAAUCAAAUCGAGUAUCCCUUCGCUAUCCCUGUUCCCAACACCGUCCCCGUCUCUGUGGUCACACCUCAAGGCGGGACAACCUAUCAACUGAGCGCAGAAUUGACCACAGCGAAAUCCAAGGGCACUUCCUCAGGCAUCAAGGCGCUCCUAACUGCUGCUACCGGAGUAGGGUCCUCAUCGGUCCUCACUGCUACAACAGCAGUGCAGAUAUAUAGGGCAGGUCGCCUGCCUGACCCUCCUUCGACAACUUUAAUAUCCGAGCAAGAAGGCAACGACAGCACCGAUCAAGACGAGGAUGCGAUAAUCCCUGACUCGAUCUCCCAUACUUGGCCAGGGCAUUUGGAAGCGACUGUCUCGGUUCCGUACGUACACCUGCCUCCAAAAUCCAUGCCCGAUUUGAAAGUCGCGAUCAAGUUGCUGAGAACCGAGGACAUUGCCAUUAAAAUCUUCCAGGUGGAACUGUACGAACGCGCUAUUUUCCGACUGACCAAGAGUACCGGCGCGACUACAAGCAACCAGGGGACUCAAUCACGAGCGGCGGUUGUUGGCAUCCGCGAUCGAGUUGUGAGCACCCAACGCAUGGAUAAGGGCUGGCCGACAGCUUCUUCACGCAACCCCGGCUUGAUCGAACAGUCCUUCCAGUUCAAGACACCCAGCGCGGUCCGUGGUCCCAACGAGCUUUAUUCCUCGCGCAAUUGCAAUGCCUCGACCUAUUACGGGAUCUCGAAGCAGGAGCGACAGAGACUGAAGGAAGACGGCGACAAGUCCAAGGUCCGCGCCGGAACGAUCGAUAUUGAAAUCCAGCACUUUUUGAGGUUCAGUGUUUUCCUCACAGGACUGACGCCCGGGCCCGGGGCGACUGGCGGGGCCGUUGAGCGACAGCUCGGUGACAUACCAGUCGUGGUUGGUGGUGUACCAAGGGCGGCGCAAUGCGACGACACAGAUCUUCCAUCAUACAUGGAAUCCUUCUCGACUUCUCUGGUCUCGCUCGAACAAGCACAGACGUACGAAGUGGAAACAGGGGUAUGUUUCACGAUUGACAGUGAGGGCGAUGGCGAUCCCGCGACAGGGUACGGGGUGCGGCUAGAAGGGGAUUCCUGGCGAAACUCGAGGCUGUCUUCACUAUCGAGUGCAGGAUCGGCGUCUUUACAUGGCGACUUUGAGAACGACGAUGCAUUCAUGCCGAGCAUAGGCCUCCGAAGAUCAAGGACACCACCACGAUAUGAAGAUAGCACCGACCAGUCAUCUUUGGAUGAGUCUAUUAAUGACCUGGAGUCCAAUUCAUCGAUAAUGCGGGGACACGGUCAAAGCACAGAUACUCAUUAUAGUAGUCCUAUAGUUUAAUUUUCGCCCUUGAGUUGAUGAUGCGAUGAGUUGCCACGGACGCAUACUACUAAUACCCAUUAAAGAAGAGAUU